AUGACUUUCUUCAACAAAGCUAGUGGUAUACUAAGGCAGGUGGCUGCAAGUAAACACAUCAAUCAUCAAAUAUCGAUCUCAAAGGGAAAAACAAUUCAGCAAAUUGACCCAUUUUCAUAUAACAAUGAAUCAAAUGGGACUUUGAAAGCAGAUUGUUCUGAGCUUGAGGUUGUUCGUGUUGAGGGCACAUCAAUGGGCCUUCUGUAUUGUAGAUUGGUGCCACUUGUUCUUCUUCUUGUUGAUGGUAAUAUUUUUACCAGUAAGCAAUAA